AUGGCGGAUCUUGAAAAAUUGCUAUUGGAAGCAGCCGGAAGAACAAGUGGUUCAUCCGGGAGGAAACGUCAGUGUUCUUCUCCACCACCUGCAUCAUCGAGGAGGCGACGUGAUUCUGAUGAUGGAACUGAUUCAAAAGAUGAUGAAUCUGAUGAUAAUCGUGGAUAUGUAAACAGGAAGCCUUCUGGGUCUCAAAUUCCGCUUAAAAAGAGGUUAGAUUCUUCAGAAAGAGAUGAGAAUCAAGAAGUUGACGAUGAUGAUGAUCGCGGCGGCGACAGUGAGAGUGGGGAUGAUGAGAUUUACGGAAGUGAUCUUUACAAAGAUGAAGAUGAUAGACAAAAACUUGGUAAGAUGACAGAGCUUGAACGAGAAACAAUAUUAUCUGAACGUGCAGAUAAAAUCAAAGAUAAGAAAAUACGUGAAGAUAUGAAAUCGAACCAAAUUCUUAAGAAAACGAAGAACACGCCUCUUUCCUCGUCGGGCGGUUUGCGAUCUUCGACCAGAACAACACCUACUAAAACCGCAUUGAUUGAAUUGAAAGCAAAGCGCCAAAAUAAGAAGCAACAAGACUCACUUACAAAACAGGACGAUUCAGGUAAGUGGAGAUCAAACAAGAUAGGGGCUAGUCCGAGCAGUUCGAGUGAAGACGACGACGAUGGACGAAUGAACGAUAACAGCGACGAAGACAACAACGAGAAAACAUCGAAAAUUCCAUCUUACGAGGAUAUAAAGGAGAUAACUAUCCGAAGAUCAAAGCUAGAAAAAUGGUUUAUGGAGCCAUUCUUCGACGAAUUAAUCGCAGGCUGUUUCGUUCGUGUGGGAAUUGCAAAAUCAAGAACCGGUCCAAUCUAUCGUCUCUGCUUAGUUCGAAACGUGGACGCCUCUGAUCCCGACCGUCAAUACAAGCUUGAAAACAAGUUGACACACAAGUAUCUAAACGUAGUAUGGGGAAACGAGAACUCAGCCGCUAGAUGGGAGAUGACAAUGAUUUCCAAUUCACGUCCCACUAGAGAAGAAUACGAGCAAUGGGUAAGAGAGGUUGAACGUUACGGAGGCAGAACGCCAAACAAACAAGACAUAUUGGAGAAAAAAGAAUCGAUAGAAAAAACCAACAAUUUUGUUUACAAUGCCGACACGGUUAAGCAAAUGUUGUUGGAGAAAAAGGCGGCAACUUGGAGACCUUUGAACGUAGCUGCGGAGAAGGAUAGAUUGAGGAAGGAAAUCGAAGUGGCGAAUAGUAAGAACAAGGUUGGUGAGGUAGCUAGGAUGAAAUCUAGACUUAAAGAACUCGACGAGUGUGGAAAGUCUCAAGAAAAGGAUAGUAAGGCAAUGAGAUUAUCGGAAAUGAAUAAGAAGAAUAGGUUUGAGAAUUUUAAGAAUGCUUCGGAAUUGAAACCGAUGAAAAUGAGUUUGAAAGUUGGUGAAGAUGGGUAUGAUCCUUUUUCGAGAAGAUGGACUAAGUCGGUUAACUAUUAUCUUCCGGUUGAUGUUCCUCCUUCGGUGGUUUGUGAGGAUGAGGAGGAAAAGGUGGUGUUGAGAGAAGAUGAUGGUUCGGGAAAGCUUGUUGAUGGUGCUAGGGAAGGGCCGGUUGGUGAGUUUAUGGAGUCGAGUAGUGCUCAUAAUUUUGAUAUUGUUGUGUCAUUGGAUGGAAUUCGAAAGUUUGGUGGGGUGCAAGAAGGGCUUAUGGCUAGGAAACAGAGGAUUGAAGCUACGGUUGGGGUGAAGGUGCCAAUGGAUGAUGGAAAGAAACAUCCACUUACUUUGUCUGUUAGUGAUUAUAAACGAAGAAGGGGACUCCUUUGAAUUUGUCAUCAAA